CGAUAAAAGAAAAUUCGAUGAAGGCCAAAACAUUUUAAAAAAAUAAAAAUUCAAAAGAUUAAUAAUAUCGAAAACAACCUUCAAAUUGAAACAUCCUCUCUCAAAAGUCACAUCUUCUCUGUUUCUCUCUUGGUGUAAGAGAAAGCAGCAAACCCCAGAAAAAAACAUUUAAUCCUUAUCACUCAUCAGAGACAAUUCACCCAUCUCUCUCUUCUUUUUAAAUAUUUUCCGGUGAACGUUCUUCUCUGCCUGAUUCUUAGUCAGAAUACCAAAAGUCGAUCAGAAGCUUCGUAAAGAUCGAAACUUCGCUUGUGGGGUUUUUCGCACUUUUGGUCGUGUCUUCUUCCCAGAAAUGGUGCAGUACCAGAGAUUAAUCAAAAAAGGGGAAAGACUUAGAGUUUCAGUUGAAGAAGGUGGUUCCGGUGCCACCGCCGUCGCCGUCUCCGGUGGCGGCUACUUUAAGAGUACAAAACAGAAGUUCCUAUCGAUUAUCUUUCUCUCGUUCCUCUGUUGCUGUUACAUCUUCAGCUUCUCCUCCUUCUCUCUCCUAGAUGCUUUUAACAGAGAAAGUGAAGGAUUUGGUCCUUAUGAACCCUUCAUCGCACCUCUGUGUUCAGGAAUCCCCAAUGGAACAAUUUGUUGUGACAGAGCCGGUUUUAGAUCCGACGUCUGUAUCAUGAAAGGAGAUGUAAGAACACACUCUGCUUCCUCAUCAGUCUUCCUCUACACUUCCCUCAAAAACAAGUCCAAAACCCCUCAAAAGGUGAAACCUUACACAAGAAAAUGGGAAACAAGCGUGAUGCAAACGGUUCAAGAACUCAACCUCGUUUACAGAGAUGACAACUCUUCACUCUCUGGUAAUGAACAUGAUAAUAACAUCUGCGAUGUGUUAUACGAUGUUCCUGCCGUGUUUUUCUCCACUGGUGGCUAUACUGGAAACGUUUACCACGAAUUCAACGACGGAAUCAUCCCUCUGUUCAUCACAUCACAUCAUUUCAACAGGAAGGUUGUGUUUGUGAUCGUCGAGUAUCAUAGUUGGUGGGUCACCAAAUACGGUGAUAUCGUUUCUCAGCUAUCCGAUUAUCCUCCGGUGGACUUCAACGGCGACAACAGAACACACUGUUUCAAGGAAGCUAUUGCCGGAUUAAGGAUUCACGACGAGUUAACUGUUGGUUCAUCGUUAAUGCUCGGUAAUAAAACGAUUCUUGACUUCAGAAACGUGUUGGAUCGUGCUUAUUGGCCGCGUAUCCGUGGAUUGAUUCAAGACGAAGAGAUAGAGGCAGCGAACAAGACCGGUAAAAGGAUUCAAGAAGAUGGUCUGUUGAAGAGACCGAAGCUGGUGAUUCUGUCAAGAAACGGAUCGAGAGAGAUACUGAAUGAGAAUGAUUUGGUGGAUUUAGCUGAAGAAAUCGGAUUCUUUGUGGAGGUUCUUAGACCGGAUAAAACCACCGAGCUGGCGAAAAUCUACAGAUGUUUGAACUCUAGCGAUGCGAUGGUCGGUGUCCAUGGAGCUGCGAUGACACAUUUGCUCUUCUUGAAACCGAGAACCGUUUUGAUACAGAUUAUACCGAUAGGAACCGAGUGGGCUGCGGAGACUUUCUACGGAGGACCAGCCAAGAAGAUGAAACUGAAGUACAUUGGAUACAAGAUUAAACCGAAAGAGAGCUCUUUAUAUGAUGAAUACGGCAACGAUGAUCCGAUAAUCCGAGACCCCAAGAGUUUUACUAGAAAAGGUUGGGAGUACACUAAGAAGAUAUAUCUCGAGCGACAGAACGUGAAUCUCGACUUGAAAAGAUUCAGGAAACCGUUGUCUCGUGCUUACGAUUUCUCGGUUAAGCGAUUUGGACCGGUGUAUAGCAUUCACUAACCGGAUCUUACCAAUUAACUGAGUUUGAGAGCUUGUUGUAUAAAAAUCAUUUUGUAGAGAGCAAGCCACAUCAAAAUGGAGAAUCUAAUUAAACUGUUACCACAUCAAAAUGGGCCUUGAGGUCCAAAUAUUCGUUGUUAUGAGGCCUGAACAUAAUUACCUAGAGAGCACGUCUCUCUGUGUCUUUCGUCGUUUCCUCUUCAUUUUUUUUCGGACCCGAGAUUUGCGAUGCAAGACUAGAGUUUGGAUUGACUUUAUAUUUACAAAAGAUUGACUUUGUAUUUAUAUGAAGAAUAUUCUACUUUUAGAUUUCUGUA